CGCCCCCAGUCCGCCCAGCCGGGAGGGACGCUCUGGCCCCACGAAAUCAAGGCCCUUCUUCCCCCCGCCUCUCUAUGAUGCCGAUGACGCUACUUUCUCCAGUUCCUUUGGCAACCCUUGCUCUCUGCAGAAAAGACGGAGGUGAAGGGAGAACGAUACGUGUGGAAUGAAACGAAGGCUGACACCUCCUAACCUAGUCUGCAGUCACCUCCAGGCCCUACAGCACCUGCCUAAGCACAGCCUUCGUGGUCUGACUCCUGGGGCUCCCAGCCAGGAUGAGCCUCAAAUCACUUGGUCACCACGGUCCAUCCCUGUGCCCAACCAUAAUAGGCAUGAGGCCCAUGCUCUGGGUGUGGGCUGUGGCCCAAGGUACCAGGGCUGGAAAAAUGCAUUCCAGUGGAUCUCAAGCCGCCUGUCCUGUCACAGAAUGUGGGAUGCUGUCUCAUGGGGAACCCUGGCUGUUCUGGCCCUGCAACUGGCCAAGCAAAUCCAAUUUCAGGCGUCAUUACCUGGUUUCCAGAGACAAGAACAGUGCUCUUGGCACGAUCACCUGGACCAGAUCCGUUUCUCCCAUUUGCUGUGCCAAGACUUAUGGUUGAAGAAAAAUAUUCUCCCUACAAGUAAUUCCCCAGCGCCUUGCUGCCCUUGCCUUGAGGAACCCACAGAAGAGCAGAAAGGACCUGACCCUCAGGACCCUCAGCCUGAGAGCCUUGCUUCCCAGAGCUCCACGAGGACAGCCAGAUUCAGGGGUCCCUGUGAAGCAGAACCUGUCAGCCUUGCUUUCUUGGAUGCGAGUGGAGCAGGCCAGUGUCACACCAGCAGAGAGAGACUGGUAUUGGAGCAGGAGGAAACAGAGACUCUUUCUUUAGAGGAAGCCAUGUUGUCCUUGCAGCAGCAAUUCCAGCUCAGUGUUUCCAUCGCCCUCAAUUUCCUGGGGACUGAAAAUAUGAGAAGUGGCAACUGUGAAGCAGCAUACUCUUACUUCCAGAAGGCUGCGGACCAGGGCUAUAGCAAAGCCCAGUUCAAUGUGGGCCUGUGUCAUGAGCAUGGAAAAGGGACCCAGAAAGACAUCAGCAAGGCAGUUUUUUAUUACCAGCUUGCUGCCCAGAAGGGCCAUCAAAUGGCUCAGUACCGCUAUGCCAGGUCCUUGCUGAGUGAGCAGGCCCCAGCGAGGGAAGCUGAUAAGCAGAGAGCAGUGGCCAUGUUGAAGCAAGCAGCUGAUGCCGGCCUGAAAGAGGCUCAAGCCUAUCUGGGGGUGCUGUUUACCAAGGAACCAUUCCAAGAUGAACAAAAAGCCGUGAAGUACCUUUGGCUUGCAGCCAGUAAUGGGGAUUCUCAAAGCAAGUACCACAUGGGGAUUUGCUACGAAAAGGGCCUUGGAGUCCAGAAGAACCUAGGAGAAGCCAUGAGAUAUUACCAGCAGUCUGCUGCUCUGGGGAAUGAGCCAGCUCAGGAGAGGCUGAAGAUGCUCUUAUCAGCACAGCUAGAAGCUUUGGGGCAUAAUAAUCCAGCACUUAAAGGUUUAAGGUCCUUCUCUAGCCCUUCUGUCUGUACUCUGGAUACAGCCCUGAAUGGGGCUACCCACCUUCCCCAUGCUUGGAGCACAGGAAGCCUUGGACUUCUUGGCAGAAAUGAUCAUCUGGGAUCCAGCCCUGUAGCAUCUAGUGUGACAGAACCCCCGAGUCCAUACCCUUUUGAGAUGCAUCUAGUAAAACUAGGAUUUGGAUAAGAGGAUUUCCAAUCAGAGCUGUUCCCUGAACGUAUCUGUUUAGACCCAUGACAAUCACUUCAGUCCCAAAGAUGGAAGCUGUGGGAAUCCUUCACUGACACUGGACACAGCCUUGGGCCCGAAGGAGUUGGUGCUGCCCAAUCAGAUCCUUCUGUGAAGACCUUGAAGAAUCUCUUUAUUUUCCCAUGGAAAGUAGAAGACUGAGUGUGAGUUCUAUGAGCAAGACAGUAUGGUUUUUCCAUAGCCUCACUUGGGACAUUAUAUAACAUUAAAAUCUCUAAUAUUUAAUAAAAUCAGCCAAUUAAAACGAAAA